AUGGCUCAACCACUGAGAUCUCCUGAGCAGAACCAGGCCGCGCCUGAGGGAAUCCACGACAUGGCUCCCAACCACACUACCAACCAGGCCGAAAUCCGAGACUCGAAACCGGAACCCCAGUAUAACCCAAGCAUCGACGAGACCAUUCCGAACCCAGAAGAUGAAUACCCCGAAGGAGGCCUGCGCGCUUGGUCCGUCGUGCUAGGCUCCUGGUUCGCAUCCUUCUCGGCCUUGGGCAUCUCAAACAGCGUGGCGACCAUCCACGCUUACAUCAGCUCUCACCAGCUACAAGGUUACAGCGAAGGCACCAUCGGCUGGAUUUUCUCCAUGUACAUGUUCCUCUGCUUCUUCUGUGGGAUUUAUAUCGGUCCCGUUUUUGACAAGUAUGGCCCGAAAUGGUUGAUCUUGUCCGGCACCGUCUGUGUUGUGACAGCUCAGAUGCUGUUGAGCAUUUCUACCCUUUUCGGAGUCCUCAAUGGCGUUGGUGCCUCCCUCCUAUUCACGCCAUCAUUCGCAGCCGUCGGUCACUGGUUCUACCAUCGCAGAGGACUUGCCACCGGCAUUGCUUCCACUGGAGGUUGUUUCGGAGGCAUCGUGUAUCCCAUGAUGCUCCGCGCCCUCUUCGAACGAGCUGGCUGGGCAUGGGCGAUCCGGACCGUUGGAUUCAUCGUCCUCGUUUUCUGCGGGGCUGCGACCCUUCUUAUCGACAGACGACUACCACCCAACCCCAACGCCUCGGUUCAUCCCAACAUCCGCAUACUCCGAGAUCCGGCAUUUGCGUUGACUACACUCGGUAUCUUCCUCCUUGAGUGGUCGCUCUUCAUUCCUCUCACGUACAUAUCGAGCUAUGCCAUUCAUAAGGGCUUCGAUAUCGACUUUGCCUAUCAGAUCCCUACGAUUCUUAACGCGGGAAGUGUAGCCGGACGUAUCUUGGCAGGGUGGUUCGGUGACUUUGCCGGACCUUUCAACUCCAAUAUCCUGGCUCUAGUGCUGAGCAUCGUCGCUUGCUUGGCCGUGUGGCUGCCGGCGGGCUCCUCUAUGGCGGGCAUCGUCGUCUUCGUGGUCCUGUUUGGCUUCGCUAGCGGAAACAAUAUCAGUAUCAGCCCGUUAUGGGCGGUAUUACGCAACGGCCUAUACGGCGGCUUCGUUUGCCUGCCUUUUUGA